AUGGAGGACGGAGGAGGCGAAGAGGGAGGACAAGAGGAAACAGGAGUAAGGGUAGCAGCAGCAGGAGGAGCAGGAGCUGAAGUAGGAGUAGGAGUAGGAGUGGAAAUAAGAGGAGGAGAAGGAAGAUCUGUUGCUGCUGCUACUGCUGCUGCUGUUGCUGCUGCUGCUGCUGCUACUGCUACGGCUGCUGUUGGGGCUGCUGUUGCACUGGUUGAUGUUAUUGGUGCUGUUGCUGUUGCUGGUGCUACUGUGUUUUUGAACAAUGUUCUUUAG